AUUGUCAAAUUCCAGGGGAAUCAAAUAAAACUUCAGAAUAAAACUUACUGUAAUACAAAAAUAUUUUCGGCAUAACAAUUAUUUUAAAAAUCUGGUGCUAUUUGGUCAACCUAUCCCUCCGCAGAUUAACGGUGAAUCUUUUAACAAGAAAACAUGUUUAUGGAUGAUGAAGGUCAACCCUUUAAUCCGUUUAGCGUUGGUCCGUCCGUAAAUAACAAGCCCUAUGAGUAUGAGAUACCAAGCAGUCCGACAUAUCCGCCACCUGUAUUCGCUACUUGGCCGCCGCCAAAGGAGCUUGCCAACAGAUCGAUUUCGCAAGGAACGUUGACCAAGAAGGAGGCAUCUGAAAUGAAGCUUGUCAGAUCUCAAAGAGGCGAAGUUGCCCUCUCGAAAGCCAUAAAUGAAGAGAUGGCCGCUGCAAAGCAACUGGCAGCAGAUGAGCGGCGCAUUUAUGCGGGUCGCGAGCCCAAAGCCCAUUUGUCAGAGGCUCGGUGUAGGGACAACAAGUCACACGAUUCAGUGACUACAUUAUUGCCCGUCAGGGAUCACCGAUCGAAAUCAAGCUUAAUGUCCCAAGUGGAUGGCGUUUCAACUGCCGCUUCCAGGAAGAGUGUUCAUUCUGCUGUCGGCCCUAAAAUGGCCUCCAAUAUCAGCGUGCAUUCACUUGCCAGUGCGCAGCGCAUGGAAUCCAAUAUCACGCUGAAGCAGACCAAAGGAACCACAGACACAACUAAAAGCGGGCACACAGAGGCAGACCAUGUCUCAAGAGCAGGCGCAGGAGCCCACCAGGUGAACAGAUACUCUCGGGCCUCAUUGAAAUCUCAGACGGUGGCGCAACAGGAGGACAAUGUAUCCCGGGCGAGUGUUCAUCAGGCCAAUAAGGCAUCGAUUAAGUCGGAGUCAAGUGACCUGCAGGCAAAUAAAACUUCUCGCAUAUCUAUCAAGUCCAUAGACAGUGCCAAUCAAGCAGACAAAAUUUCACGCAUUUCGAUAAGGUCACAAACAGGAGAUAAUGUGCCGCGCACAAAUAUUAAGAAGAAUAAUGCCGUAGAAUCGAUGAAAAGAGCAUCGCUGAAGGAGUUAGCCGAAUCAGUUAAAAAGGAACUAGAACUCUCGAUGCAGACAACCAAAUCGCUGGCCGAGAAGGCGGCACUUCUAAGCGAUCGCCUGAAGGCUGGCAAUGAGUUCAAACACAACCGUUUCAAUUCCCUGGAUCGCGGCAUGUAUACAACUACUGAACCUCUGAAGAGAUGCCGAGAAGAUCGCAUGGCUUUUUGGUUUAAGGACGCCGUUAUUUCAUAAACAUCGCUGAUGCUCAACGAACUGACUACAUUUUUCAUUUGAAACAUUUCAGUUUUAACUAAGAAAGCAAACAAAUGCAAUUUACCAUGACCAAAUACAUUUACCCUACUCUUUCGAAUACACAAAAAAAAUAUUCAACAUGAUUUGCGGUUGAACAUUUUGCUGACAUUUUGUAUCAUUAAUUUAAA